AUGAACUUGUCCUACUUGGUAGCUUGUGGACUUAUGGUCACGCUACUUUCGGGAAGGAUGCGCGCAAAACCUUUAUCUGAGGCGCAGCAGAAGUCCCUGAGAAGUUUGCUAGGGGACGAGUUGACGGACCUACUGGAGUCAGAGGAGCGGGACAAGCGAGUGGAUGCUGUGCGCGCUCGGAUGCGCUUACUGCGAGAUUUACGCAUGGACACCCGAAGAGGGAUGUGGGCUCGGCUGCUCAACGACCAGCCCACACCGAGGAGGCACAAAUCUGGAAGCAAGAAAGGGGGCUCUACGGCGCGGAGUGGCUGUUUCGGACACAAGAUGGAUAGGAUAGGGACCAUCAGUGGCAUGGGAUGCUAGUAUUGGAUCACAGUUUUUUGACGAUCUUUGAAGGAUGGGCUUCGAAACACUGACUUUGUUCCCACCUGAAGAGAAAAAAGAAUCCGUUUCAGAUUUUCGGUACAAAAGUCAUCAUGGCCAGCAUUGAGAGACUGAGAUGACAAUGCAACAAAAGGC